GCGAAAAAUGAAUGCUAGAAAUCAGAUUAUUAUAAAAUCACCGAAAAAAAAUCCACCAUCUUCCUCCCUCAUCCUGCCUAUAUAAACCCACACUCCCUCCACCUCUUCCCCAAAUCUCUCUACAUCCCUUUCUCAGAACUCUCUCUUCCUCUCUGCACAUUUAGCAUAUUAACAGGGAGGGAGAAAGAUACAGAGAUUUAGUAAAUGGCAGCCAAGAUACUCUUCUUCCUCCUGCUUACCUUCUUCCUCGUUUCUGCCAUUGCAACCUCUCGUUCUCCAUUGUCUUCUACGGCGGCAGUCCCCAACCCCGAGCUGGUUGUUGAGGAAGUUCACAGACGAAUCAACGCCUCCCGUCGGAACCUAGGCUAUCUCUCUUGCGGAACCGGCAAUCCCAUUGACGAUUGCUGGCGCUGUGACCCCAACUGGGAAACCAACCGUCAGCGGCUCGCUGACUGCGCAAUUGGCUUUGGCCGCAAUGCCCUCGGCGGCAAAGGCGGCGAAACUUACAUCGUAACUGAUAGUGGCGACGACGAUCCGGUGAACCCCAAACCUGGCACUCUCCGCUACGGCGUCAUUCAAAACGAACCCCUCUGGAUCGUGUUCCAACGCGAUAUGGUUAUCCAGCUCAAAGAAGAACUCAUAAUGAACUCCUACAAAACCCUCGACGGCCGCGGCGUUAGCGUCCACAUUGCCGGCGGCCCCUGCAUCACCGUGCAAUAUGUCAGCCAUAUUAUCAUCCAUGGCCUAAAUAUACACGAUUGUAAGCAAGGGGGGAAUGCUUAUGUGCGUGACUCCCCUGGACAUUAUGGGUGGCGAACACUGUCGGACGGCGACGGCGUCUCCAUAUUUGGCGGAAGUCAUAUUUGGGUUGAUCAUUGUUCGCUAUCAAAUUGUCGGGAUGGGCUUGUCGACGCCAUUCGUGGAUCGACGGCAAUCACCAUUUCGAACAAUUAUAUGACUCAUCAUGAUAAGGUGAUGCUGCUCGGCCAUAGCGAUGAGAUGGUGGAGGAUAAGAACAUGCAGGUUACUAUUGCUUUUAACCAUUUUGGGGAAGGAUUGGUUCAGAGGAUGCCACGGUGCAGGCUUGGAUAUUUUCAUGUAGUGAACAACGACUACACGCACUGGGAAAUGUACGCAAUCGGAGGAAGCGCAGCGCCGACGAUUAACAGCCAAGGAAAUAGGUUCCUGGCGCCGGACGACCGUUUCAGCAAAGAGGUGACGAAGCGCGAGGACGCACCGACAAGCCAGUGGAAGAGCUGGAACUGGAGAUCAGAGGGUGAUUUGAUGUUGAACGGAGCUUUCUUCACCCCCUCAGGCGCCGGAGCCUCGUCCAGUUAUGCCAGGGCGUCGAGUCUAGGAGCUAGAUCUUCCUCACUGGUUGGAUCCAUAACCAGUUCUGCCGGUGCUCUGGUGUGCAAGAAGGGCCGCAGCUGCUGAUCAUCAACAAAAUUCCUACAUAUGGCCAGAACCAUAAAUAUACUAUAUGCUUGUAUGAAAUCGCCUAUAAGGUGAAAUAUUAGAAUUAAAAUUCUCUUUUUUUUUUUAAUUUUUCUAUGAUUUAGUGCCUCUUGUUGUACCAACCUCAAGCUGCUGUCAUCUUGAGAAAUUAAUCAUAAAGGCAUGCAGUAAAGAUGUGUUGGGAGGAAUGUUUACUGAAGUAUGCUAUAUUAAAUUUGAGGCUUAUUUAUAUA